GUUGCCCAGGUGGAGGUUGAGGCCAAGCUUUAUACACGUGACUCUUACCGGGUAAGAUCUUGGCAGCCGCGCAUCGCGCUUGCCUGGUGAAGCUCCAAGCUCAAGCCAACGUUCGUUCUCUCUAUAUCUCCACAGCGUCACGAUUUCCGUCUCCAUAUCUGCUUCUGUGUGGCAGGCACACGCUUAUAGCUCUCCGUCCUCCACUUCAGUUUUCCCUCGGUCACUGCUUCCCCGCAAUCACAAUGACUUCAAUAGGAACGGGUUAUGACCUGUCUAACUCCGUCUUCUCUCCCGAUGGCCGCAACUUUCAAGUCGAAUACGCGACGAAGGCGGUCGAGAACGGAGGCACAGCCAUUGGCAUACGGUGCAAGGACGGUGUUGUUCUGGCGUUAGAGAAACUCAUCACAAGCAAGCUUUUGAAACCCGGAGCGAACAAACGGAUAUCAACUGUAGACCGGAAUAUUGGUGUUGUCUCCUCUGGCUUGCUUCCGGAUGGGCGCCAUUUCGUCUCCCGCGCGCGUGACGAAGCAGCUUCGUGGCGCUCAACCUACAAGGCUCCGAUUCCCACAACUGCACUUGCCAACCGCAUGGGGAGCUACGUUCAAGCCUACACAUUGUACUCAAGCGUACGACCGUUUGGUGUGACGGCAAUCAUCGGUGGUUGGGAUUCCGAGGCGGAACUGCCUGUUGACGGGGAGGUUGGUUCCGGCCCGUCUGUGGGUGCAGGCGGCAAGAAGGAGGACGGGAAGCGCGGCGGUCCCUUCCUAUACAUGAUUGAGCCUAGUGGAUCCUACUGGGGGUACUACGGUGCAGCUACCGGAAAAGGACGACAGGCUGCCAAGUCCGAACUGGAGAAGCUUAACCUCUCAGCCGGAGAACUUUCGUUGUAUGAUGGUGUGAAGGAAGCGGCGCGGAUCAUCCACGUGGCACACGACGACAACAAGGACAAGGAGUUUGAGCUCGAGAUGACAUGGGUCAGUUCGCUGGAUGGACCCACCAAGGGAAGACACGAAGAAGUUCCCAAGGAGUUGCUCGAGGAAGCAGAACGGCUUGCAAAGAAAGCGCUGGAGGGCGAUGAUGAGGACGAAGAGGAGGAGAAGAUGGAAGAAUAGGAGGAAAAGAGGAAAGAAUAGACAGCAUGUCAAGACGCAUGGUGUCGAGACGUAUAAUGUGGAAUGCCGUUAGCCUUGCAUAA